GAAAUGUUUUAAUGGGAGAAAUGUCAUUUUCCUGCUUUUACUUUUGAUCACUGCUCCCUUUAAAACACCAUAAAAAUCAAAAGCAAAAGCAUAACUGCAUUAUUAAAACCAGAAGCUUCUUUAUUCUUUAGUGGUGUUUGUACUCUCAACACUCAAAAAUAUCCAGGAAAGUGUAGAUACAUACAGCAGCAAUUAUACAACAUACACAGUAAAUCUUUCUUGACAGGCCAAUAGCUCCUAUUUGAGUUCCUGGUUCCACUAUUUAGUAGAAGCCACCAUCUUUAAAUCUGAAGCUAAAAGAGACCCAUUUGCUUCUAGGCUUAUCCUAUUGCAAACCACCAUGAGAGGAUUCAGAACUAGUCCACCUUUAUAUUCCUCCAUUUUCUUGCUGUUUCUCACUCUAUCAUGCGUUUCCACUACCCAACUGCAAAAUCCCAUCAAGACCAUUGUGGUCUUGGUUAUGGAAAACAGAUCUUUCGAUCACAUGCUUGGGUGGAUGAAGAAAGCAGUAAAUCCAGCAAUCAAUGGGGUGACAGGGAAAGAAUGUAACCCUGUAUCGACCAAGAACCCAAAGCGACAGUCUAUUUGCUUCACAGAUGAUGCGGAGUUCGUGGAUCCAGAUCCUGGCCACUCCUUUGAAGCUGUGGAGUUACAGGUAUUUGGCAAUGGUUCAAUUCCCUCCAUGACUGGCUUUGUCGAACAAGCGCUCACCAUGUCUCAAAAUCUCUCUCAAACUGUCAUGAAGGGUUUUAGGCCUGAAUCUGUGCCUGUUUAUGCCACACUUGUGAAAGAAUUUGCAGUUUUUGAUAGGUGGUUCUCUUCAAUCCCUGGUCCAACGCAACCCAAUAGGCUAUUUGUAUACUCUGCUACUUCUCACGGCUCAACCAGCCAUGUUAAGAAGCAGUUGUCUCGAGGGUACCCUCAAAAGACGAUAUUUGAUUCACUUCAUGAGAAUGGUAAGAAUUUUGGGAUUUACUUCCAGAACAUACCCACAACUCUGUUUUAUAGGAACAUGAGGAAAUUGAAGUAUAUCUUUAAGUUUCACCAAUUCGAUUUGAAGUUUAAGAAAGAUGCUAGAAAUGGGAAGUUGCCAAGCCUCACUGUAAUUGAACCGAGGUAUUUUGAUCUCAAGGGAAUGCCUGCAAAUGAUGACCAUCCAUCUCAUGAUGUUGCCAAUGGACAAAAGCUUGUCAAGGAGGUGUAUGAAGCACUGAGGUCUAGCCCUCAGUGGAAUGAGACCCUUUUUGUAAUUACUUAUGAUGAGCAUGGUGGGUUUUAUGAUCAUGUCGAGACUCCUUAUAUUAAUGUUCCUAACCCAGAUGGAAACACUGGCCCUGCACCUUCUUUCUUCAAGUUCGAUCGCCUUGGAGUUCGUGUGCCCACAAUUAUGGUCUCCCCUUGGAUCAAAAAGGGCACUGUGAUAAGUGGACCAAAGGGACCUUUUCCAAACUCUGAGUUCGAGCACUCAUCAAUCCCGGCCACCAUAAAGAAAAUGUUCAACCUCUCCUCUAACUUCUUGACGCACAGGGAUGCUUGGGCUGGCACAUUUGAAGGGGUUGUUGGGGAGUUGGCAUCUCCCAGGACUGACUGCCCAGUGACCUUGCCAGACGUGGCACCUUUGAGAAGCACAGAAGCAAAGGAAAACGGUAACCUAUCCGAGUUUCAGAGCGAGGUAGUGCAACUAGCAGCAGUUCUUAAUGGCGACCACUUCUUGAGCAGCUUCCCUGACGAGAUGGGCAAGAAGAUGAACGUGCGAGAAGCUCGCGACUAUGUGACCGGCGCUGUUACAAGGUUCAUAAGAGCUAGCAAAGAGGCCAUUAAUUUAGGAGCAGAUGCAUCUGCAAUUGUAGAUAUGAGGUCGUCGCUCACUACCAGAUCUUCCUUACAUUAUUAGGAGUACAUCAUCUGUCUAAUGGCCACCAUGUCUCCCUUAGAUUAUUAGAAAUAUUAAAUUGGUGAAAGUAGAAAGCAAUAAAGGCGAGUUAAAUAUCACUCCGUUGUUACUUUGGUUAGUUUGGAGUCUCAGAAAUCGAAUGCAUAUUGCAUAAGAAUGUCAAAGGGGACUGUUCAUGGUAAUGCAGAUGAAUCCCACAUUUUCACGUA